UCGGAGAGAUGCGCCGGUCGAAUAAAUCACACAAGGUUCCCAAUGUUAAACUUAGACCCGCUCAGCCACGAUCCCGUCAUGCCCACCCGAUGGACGUGCCAUAUGACCACAGUUCAGAUUCUGAACUUGUCCUUCCGAACGCGAGUAUGGUUGACUUGUGUCCUAGACCGUUCAGGAGUGUUAUGCUUUGCGCGACGGGUACAAUGGACAAGCCUACCUUGUUUAAACAAGCAUUUGAACUCGGCGCAACAUCUACAAGUGAUUUUACGGACAGAGUGACUCACUUACUAGCAAACAGCCACGGUGGAGCCAAGUACGCGUGCGCGUUAGAACGCAAAAUACCUAUCAUGCAUCCUGAGUGGAUAACAGAUGCACACCAGGUUUGGUUGCGUGGAGAUGACGUAGACCUAGCAGAGACUGUUUCUGCGCACCGCCUCCCCAUCUUCUCCGGCGUCACACUCUCACUAUCAGGUAUCGACGACCUCGAGCAACGCGCAAACAUAAACCGCUCCCUUACUAGACACGGUGGAACAUACGUCAAAGCCAUAGAACGCCCUGUCAAGGUGACACAUCUACUCUGUGCGGGCGACAACGAGACCGAGAAGAUGCGCUACGCUGAUAAAUUUAACAAACGGGGUGAGGCAAAAAUCCAUGUUGUUUGGGAGGAGUGGUUCUGGGACUGCUUGGAAUUUGGAGGACGCUUCGAGGAAAAACGUUACGUCGUCACGCGACCAAGGCCAGAGAGGAAGACUAUGAAUGAAGAACUCACCACCUCAAUGCCAGUCCACGACUCUGCCCCAGGCACACACCCUUCGAAUGCGAUUCCUGUCGACGGCCAUCUACCCAGGACGCCCGCCCCACCAAAACCCAGUUACGAACAUGAUCUAUUGGAGGAGGAGGAACCUGCAUCCCUUGCACGCACACCCGUUCGCGCGGUGACGCUUCAGCUCUGGGGAAGUCUCUUACGUCCACGAGGUUUCGAGCUCGAUGCGGUUGCGAACAAGCUCGUGCGUAGUCCUUCAAAGUCACAGUCAGUGGCAGGUGCGCCGAUGUCGCCGACACGAUUACCAGCACGUCUCAUGCCUGAUGUGCAGAAGAGAGCCACAGAAAAGGAGAUAGAACCUCAGACGAAAUCCGUGAUCUCGUCAUUCAAACGCGCCAAGUCAUUUGCGCCGCCCGCCAAGGAGCCGGUGACGCGCCGGCCGUUCAGACGGACAACCACCAUUGCAGCUCUGGGACCUGGGGACGCAGAGGGGAGCGAGGCACCCCGCCGACCUGAGCUGGAGGACUCUUCGAUGGCGACACUCUUUGCGGGUUACCGCUUCCGUCUACUUGGGGAGGCGAAGUGCGUGAAUGUGCGCAAUGCUAUUGACCGUGGGGGAGGCGUAGUCAUGGACGAAGAUACUGACGAUGUCGAUUUCAUUGUAGUGCGACUUAUUAGUGGGAGUAAACUCUACCAAAACGAACCUGAUGAGAUGUUGCGCGCCAAAUAUCGCACAGAAUGUUGGCUCGAACACUCGGUCUUCCAAGAGCGAAUAUGUGGGCCGCACGAAAAUAUAUCAUUCAGGCCUCUUAGCCUUCCCUGUCCAAUACCCAACACCGAACAGAUUAUUCUCAGCCUUUCCGGACUUGAUCAGUCUGAACUAUGCUGGACAAAGCGUCUGCUGCGGGCGUUGGGCAUAACGCUUGCUCAGAUAUUCUCCCGACGUUCGACGCACCUACUUUGUCCGAGUGGUUGUGGUGCCAAAUACGACAAGGCAAAAGAGUGGAACAUCCCCGUUGUGGGUAUGGCAUGGCUGGAGGAUAUGGCGACGGAGGGUAAGGUACCUGACAUCAGCGAAUAUCUCAUUGGCAACGUUGGCGACCGAGUGGCAAAGGGCAAAGCGAAGGAUGUGCAGAUGGUGGAUACCACCGAUGCUAAAAGCAAGCCCGUCUCUCCGUUUUUCGUAAAGAAGCCAAAUCUCUUGCAAGAUCUCCGAACGCCUACUCUCCCUGACAUCGAGCAUGCCCCUCCGGCCACGUUCUUUGGCGAGUCAAAUGGCUCGCUGGACGACGCUCUGCAACAAUGUGAGGGCGACGAUAGGGCACGGUUCUCAUCUUCUCCGCCUCUGCCACCGCAGAGCAGCUCACCCCCACUUGAAUAUGUUGCUCUGCCCCCUACACGCCGCAGACCUCGAUUACCUUCUGAAGACCUCAAUCCUCCGGUCCCCUCCCUGGAUGCCAACGGAUGCAUACCCUCCUCCACCUCGCCCUCGCCAAUGAAGCUCCCCCCAAGCUCAGAUGCACGACUGACGUGUGAACCCUCGCCAGUGCGAGUGCCUCAUCCAAGAGACGUUGCCCGCGAGCUACAGGAGAGCCUGACAACGCUGCUCGGGAAGAGACAGGUAUCAGAAGACGAUAUUAUGCGCCCGGAACAGCGGAAGGGCAAGCGGCCGCGGCCACUGCCGCGCCCCAAGGUGCAAUCUCGGCAAGAAUCACGCGAGACCAUCACUAGGGAGCCUUCGACACGACUUGUGCCACUUCCGCAGCCCAUGUAUUAUGACGCAAUGAGCCUGCUGGACGGGAGCGCGCGUCCGAGUGAGGAUAGUCUGCGCGUGACGUAUGAGGAUCCUGGACAGGAGGCAGAGAAGCGGAAGCUGAUGGCUUUACUUGGGGAGGAGAAUGUGGGCAGGAAGGGUAGGAGGAAAGGCACGAGGAUAGCGGGCUAUUGAUGUGCAUUCGAGUGCCG